AGUCGUUCGCCGUCCGUCUGCGUCCGCGCUUUCUCGCGCAAGUCGAUCGCAAUGUGGUCCAGCGGACUUACAAACAAUUCGUCUCACGUUUCACAAAUAUUUCUCGCAAAAUCUUAUCAACGAUCCGGGAUGAUCAAAAACAAAAGUUUUGCUUCAUUAUUUCGAUUACAUGUGCAUAAUUGAAACGACAAAAUAUUUAUAAGAUAUCGUGGCGUUUUAAAAAGCUUGGUGUAACUUAUUUUAAAAAACAUGUGGUGAUAAAUAUAUAAUAAUAAAAAUUAAUCUAUAUAUGUGAAAUUAUAAUAAAAUGUUAAUCUGUUUUAAAACCAGUUUGUUAAAUAACAUUAAAUUAUGAUCAAAUCGUGCAAUUUAGCACAAUGUGCUUUCCGUUAAAACUGUUUUUGAUCAGUGCGAAAAUAAUUUAUGACUAAUAACAACAUAUUUCUGCAAUCGUCGGCCAGAAGAAUUAUAAAAUUUACGGCCUUGUAAAAAAAUCAAUUUUCUGAACAAUAAUGUACCUCAACACGCUCAAGUGGCACAUCGUUACCUCGUUCGCCCUGUAUCGCACGAGAUAAGAUUUCAGUCAUGGUGGACAAAUUGCACGAGUACGAAGGGCUGACGGGCAGAAUUCAUAGCGUUCGUGACACCAUCAAGGAACGAUGGAGCGUGUGGAAGGAAUGGAAGAACGGUUUGAAUCUGGAUCAAGGCCUGGAUGGAUUGAAGCAUCAAUUGCGCCGGCCGCCCAAGCUGGAACGCACGUUAGAAGAUUAUUCUCACAUUUACAGAAGAAAAACUCGCGCUGAGCUGGUCAGAGUGUCGGCGGCCGUGAUGGGAAUCGAGUUCUCGUACGCGGCGGAAACCGCCUUCGUGUCGCCGACAUUGCUGAAGAUCGGCGUCGAUCACCAGCACAUGACGCUGGUAUGGGCGCUGAGUCCCCUCGUGGGCUUCUUCGUGACACCCAUCCUCGGCAGCAUGAGCGAUCGCUGCAGACUCGUACACGGCAGGCGGCGACCCUUCAUUCUUCUGUUGGCCCUCGGGGUUUUUAUAGGUCUCAUUUUGGUGCCGAACGGCGAACAUAUCGGCUACGUAUUCGGCGACAGGCCGUCUCAUACGAACGAGACGAUUCCUCUUGGACAUCGCACAACGGCGAAGCUAUCCGAGGAGAGGACGCUUUCCGAACCGGUUGGCAGGGCUUCCUCGCACUCCUGGGGCAUUUUCUUCACUAUCCUCGGCACGAUGCUGCUCGAUUUCGACGCCGACGCUUGUCAAAGCCCGGCGCGAGCUUAUCUCCUCGACGUCACUAUACCUGAGGACCAUGCCAAAGGCUUGAGCACGUUCACCGUAAUGGCGGGUUUAGGAGGUUUCAUGGGCUACGGGCUGGGUGGCAUCAACUGGGACGCCACCUCGCUCGGUAUCAUGCUCGGCGGACAUCUACACGCGACUUUUACUCUGAUCACAAUCAUCUUCGUCAUCUGCGUCAUCUGCACGAUCACCAGCUUCAAAGAGAUACCCCUCGAAGUGCUCGAAAGGGAUCAGUAUCAGCAAGUAGACGAACCAAAGCCACCGGAAGAGACCGAAAGAACGACGGAAGGCAAGCGAGAUGAACACGAGAAGAUCAUCCUCGACGAGUCGAAGACAUACGGCGCCCUCGACGCCGAGAGCAACGAGAGUGAUCCCUCAAAAACGAAGGAAUCCACCCUCGAUCCGCUGUCGACGCAAGCAGCCUCUGAUCGUCCCGAGCAACCGGUCUGCGAAGGUAGCCACGUCAACUACGGCUUCGAUGAGGGCGAGGUGAAUCCCAAAGCCACCCUGAAAGAGUACCUGCUGUCCAUCGUCUACAUGCCGCGCAGUCUUCGCCAGGUGUGUCUGACGAAUCUGUUCUGCUGGAUGGCGCACGUAUGCUACUCCCUGUAUUUUACCGACUUCGUGGGCGAGGCGGUGUUCGGCGGUAAUCCACGAGCGCCCAGCGACACCAAGGAGCGGGAGCUCUACGAGGAAGGUGUGCGAUUCGGAUGCUGGGGCAUGUCCAUGUACUCGCUGUCCUGCUCGUGCUACUCGCUCAUCAUCGAGCGACUGAUUCAGCGCUUCCGCGCGCGAAAAGUUUACAUCUACGGGCUGCUCUUCUACAGCAUCGGCAUGCUUCUGAUGGCUUUAACAAAGCAUCCGGCCGGCGUGAUCAUCUUCUCGUGGACCGCCGGCGUCAUGUAUUCCACGCUAUUCACCAUGCCGUAUUUACUGGUAGCUCAUUAUCACGCGUCUUCGACCUUCGCCCUUACGACGGAAGGCGACGCGAUCUCCGGUGGUUUCGUACGUGGAUUAGGCACCGACGUCGCCAUCGUCUCCUCGAUGGUAUUCCUCGCGCAAUUUCUAUUGUCCUGCUGCUUGGGCACGAUCGUCAGUCUGACCGGCAGCACCGCGGCGGUGGUGUACGUCGCCAGUGUCCUGGCGAUGUGCGGCGCGGCCUCGGCCACGCAGAUCAUGUACCUGGACCUGUGAAUCUUCCUUGUCGGACUUUAGAUGUUAAGCCGUUUGAUCCUUUCGACUGCGCGUAGCUUUCGCCAACCUCGCAGAGAAGACUAAAGCGUUUCAUUCGAAAACACAAAACAUUCCAAAGGUAAAUAUAAGAUAAUCAAAAUAAAGAAUUCAAUAAAUUGUAAGAUAAUCAUCAAACAAUCAGAUAGUUCUUGCUUAAAUCCUGUUAAGUGUUUAGUAAGCAUAUCAUUCGGCUGCGACCUCGCUCGCUUUGCGUUAAAUAACUUCGCCGGAGUUAACCGGAAUUGUUGUUUCAACGCAUGUAUUUCGCCAACUAAUAAACUGUUAACAUUACAUUAAUAUUACGAUAAUUGAGUGUUUCAAAUAUCACUGUGCCAUCUUGAUUCGUUCUAACUGUAACACUUUGAUCGAUUAACGGACGGAUUAACAGGACGGAUGUAUAUGUAACGUGUAACAAAAUAACAAAUAAUUGUUAAACAAACCGUCAAUAUACGAGUCCCAAACUAAA